AUGACAACGAUUCCGUCAGGUACUAAUUUAUCAACUAUUCUGGAUUCCCAUCUAGUUGAUAAAAAAUUGGGCGAAACUGAAUUAAAUAAUAUAAGUAAAAACCAGUUGAAAAAAAUAAAAAAAAAAGAAAAAUGGCUUGCGCAUAAAUCUGAAAAAAGGCUGAAGGAGAGAUUAAAAGCUAAAGAAAAACGUGCUUUUGCUCGAGCACAUAAUAUAAAUCUUGGACCUUCCAGAAAAUCAUUAAAAAAAUGUACUAUGGAAAAUAGUAGUUGUAAAUUAACAAUAACAAUCGACAUGGGAUUUGAUGACUUAAUGAUUGAAAAAGAUAUUGCCAAACUUAUUAAACAAAUUUUAAGAUGCUAUACUUUAAAUAGAAGAGCCCCUGCACCUAUACAAUUUUCAUUGACUAAUUUCAAUAACAAGUCAAAAGAGCAAAUGGAGAAACACAACGGCUACGAGCAUUGGGACGUCAAAUUUUUUAGUGAAUCAUAUUGUAAAGUAUACGAUUCGAAAAAAAUAAUUUACCUUACGAGCGAAUCUGAAAAUAUCAUUGAUAAAUUAGAUCAUGAUAGUGUUUAUGUAAUUGGAGGUUUAGUAGAUCAUAAUGGCCACAAAGGCCUAUGCCAUAAACUUGCCGUUCAAGCUGGUGUGCAACAUGCUCGAUUACCGUUGGAUAAAUUUUUAAAUAUGAAAACGCGAAAAGUUUUAGCAGUUAAUCAUGUUUUCGAAAUAAUGUUGCUAAUAACUAAAGGAAAAACAUGGCAAGAUGCAUUUCUCCAAGUACUUCCUCUUCGGAAAAAUGCAAAACUAGUUACCCAAGACGACAAAGAUGAGAUUAAUUCAUCAAUUGAGAGUAGUGAUUAA